AUUAGAUGGAGGUGGAAACUCCGAGACGAAGCCACGUGACAAUUUUACCCCUCACAGUCACACGUUCCCCAUUUUUCUUGACCCAUCUCGCUUCGCUUCCUUCAUAACAAUACUGAACACCCUUCCCUCCCUCUCAUACCCACUGACGAUGCAGCGCGGAAAUAUCGCGGCGGCGCCGGAAGAUCACCGGCGGCAUUCCGGCGUGGCGGCGGCGGAGGGGGAGACAGUGUUCAAAGGGAUUGAAGAAUUCGCUGACACGUCGUCAAAUUACUUUAAGUCGAUUCUGGCUUUGGCGUUGUGGCUUGGAACCAUUCAUUUCAACGCUGCUUUGGUGCUCUUCACACUUCUCUUCCUUCCUCUCUCCAAAGCUCUCUUGGUUUUUGGUUUGCUUUUUGUGUUGAUGGUGAUUCCCGUGGAUGAAAAGAGCAAGUUUGGUCGAAAGUUGUCCAGGUACAUAUGCAAGCACGCUUGCAGCUACUUUCCCAUCACGCUUCACGUGGAGGAUAUAAAGGCCUUUAAUCCUAAUCGUGCUUAUGUUUUUGGUUAUGAACCACAUUCAGUUUUGCCAAUUGGAGUUGUUUCAUUAGCUGACAACACGGGUUUUAUGCCUCUUCCAAAAAUAAAAGUUCUUGCUAGCAGUGCUAUAUUUUACACACCAUUUUUGAGACACAUAUGGACAUGGUUGGGUCUGACACCAGCAACAAAGAGAAACUUUACCUCUCUAUUGGACACUGGUCAUAGUUGUAUCUUAAUACCUGGUGGGGUGCAAGAAACAUUUCUCAUGGAGCAUGGUGCAGAGAUUGCCUUUCUUAAGGCAAGAAGAGGAUUUGUCCGCAUAGCAAUGCAGAAGGGACAACCUUUGGUUCCAGUUUUCUGCUUCGGACAGUCAGAGGUCUAUAAGUGGUGGAAACCAGGUGGGAAGUUAAUUCUGAAUUUUGCAAGGGCUAUCAAGUUCACUCCAAUAUAUUUUUGGGGAAUUUUCGGAUCCCCAUUGCCAUUUAAACACCCAAUGCAUGUGGUGGUGGGUAGACCAAUUGAGCUCGAGAGAAAACCGGAUCCAACUACAGAAGAGGUCGCCCAAAUACAUAGUCAGUUUGUUGAAGCACUUCACGAUCUAUUUGAAAGGCACAAAGCUCGAGUUGGACAUCCAAACCUUGAGUUGAAAAUUGUUUGAUAAGGCCAUAAAUUUGUUGCGAGUCACAAUUGUAAUUAAUGGAGUAAAUUAUAAAUUUAACUUUCAGUAUUAUCCUUUCAAUCUAAAAUAUUAUAAGUUCCUCG